UCCUCAAAAUCCUCUCUUCCUCCCUCAAAAUCGUGAUUUUAGGGUUUCUGCAAAAAGAGAUUCCAGACUACCCUUCGGACCAUUCAAGGCCAAUCUCUUUUGUAGGGAAAUCCAUCACCAAAACCCUCUAUUUUCCUCCAUUGAAUCUGAUUUUCCCAUUCAGAACUUGUUUUUAGGAUACCCCAAUUUGUAAGUUUACCUUUUUGGGUCUGUUUGUAAGGCCAGUUUCUGUCAAUAUAAGGAAAAUCUAGGGUUUUCAAUGCCUCCAUAUGCAGGCCCUUCCCCUCCUUCUCAUGGCUUCUCCCCCAAGAAAUCAGAUCCCAACAUUAUAACAAUCAAUGUGGGGGGUCAUCUCUUCCAAACCACCCCACAAACCCUAGCUUUAGCUGGGCCAAAAUCCCUUCUUUCUUCCCUCUCAAACACCCCUUCAUACCCUUCAGAGGAUAUCUGCAUCCCCUUCAUUGAUAGGGACCCUGACCUUUUCUCCAUCCUCCUCUCUCUCCUUAGGACAGGCAAUCUGCCUUCCAAAGCCAAGACCUUUGAUAUCCAGGACCUGAUUUCAGAGGCCGAUUUCUACAAUCUCCAGCCCCUCUUGAUCUCAUCCCUCUCAAACCCGUCCCAAUUCGACGCCUUCAACCUCGAGAAAUCGGCAAUCCUGCACCUCAAUGGCAGGGAUUCACCCUCGGCGGUCGCCACCACCCCUUAUGGGUCCGUCCAUGUCGCCCACGGCAGCAAGAUCACAUCUUUCGACUGGUCGCUGCGCCGGAAAUCCACAAUCCUCACCCAAUUCGCCGCCAUCGACUCCCUCCUUGCAAUCUCACCAUUGAUCGCUGCCGCCGGUGCAACCGAUUUCUCUGGCCUCCAGAUACUUGACCUUGAAAGGGGAUUCGUGAAGGAGACGCUGAGCUGGGAGAAUCAGACCCGAUCGAGCUCGACCGUCCAGGCAAUCGGCGCUUCCCCUGAAUUCUUAUUCACAAGCUUCGAAUCGGGCCGUCGGAAUUCGAAUUCAAUCAUGGUGUUCGACCUCAGCAGUGGGUCCUCUUUCCAGCCCAUCGCCGAGAUCGGCCGGGGGGAGAUAUACGGCGCCGAGCUGGAUACAGCAAUCCCAGCCACGAAAUUGGAGUGGGUCCCAGGCUACAACCUCCUUAUGGCAUCUGGGUCCCAUGGUGGGCCAUCUGGGCUGGUGGGCAAUAUCAGAUUGUGGGAUAUCAGAUCAACCAAUGUGGCAUGGGAAUUGAAGGAGAGGAUUGAUUGUUUCUCUGAUGUGACUGUAUCCAACGACCUGAAUUCAAUCUUCAAAGUGGGUGUGAAUUCAGGAGAGGUUUUCAUGGCUGAUUUGAGGAAACUGAGUAGUGAGGAUCCAUGGAUUUGUCUUGGGGAUGUGAGGAAAGUAGGAGGUGGGGUUGGUAAGAAAGAGGGGAGUGGGUGUAGGAUAGGAAGCAAUGGGACCCAGGUGUUCUGCACCAAGGGUGGGGAUUUGGAGAUGUGGUCAGAGGUGUUGAUGGGCCCCACCCCAAGGUUCAGUAAGGAUGAUGGGAAGGUGUUUAGGAGGAAUGUGAUGGGGAGAGUGAAGGAUAUGGGUGGGUGCAGGAUAACACACAUGGGUUUUGGUGGGAAUAGGAUGGUCUUGGCUAGAAAAGACCAGCAAGCUGUGGAGGUUUGGCAGAGCUCAGCCAGUCGGGUGUAGGAUAAGGAGUUCAUCCCCCUCUGGCGUAUUUUAGUACUAGUUCUUUGAUUUUUUUGUAAAGAGUAGUUAUUUUUAUUUUUAUUUUUGAUGAAUGAAAGGAUGAUAUUGAAGUGUAAAAGUUUUGGAAAGGUUUGUAGAUAUCUUUUGUUAAAGAAAGGCACACAUGCGAGUAUUUCUAUUCAA